GCCGCGCAUCUCCUUCUCUCCCCACUCCGGAGACUCGAAUACAUAGGCCUUGCCGCUUCACCGUGUCUCGAGACUUCUACUAAGAGAAUUUAAGAUAGGAGUUGUUGAGAAAUGUUUACAAAUAAUGAAAGACAAGAAGAACGUACUGGCAAACAUGGAACACCAAGGCUUCAAUAUCUACAGGAGCUUGUGAGUCAAUUUCAAAAUGCAACUGAUGAAGAAACAAAGGAGAGAAUUGUAGCAAACUUGGGGAAUUUUGCAUAUGACCCUUACAACUACACUAUUUUACGUCAGCUAAAUGUCUUGGAGCUAUUCAUAGACUGUCUAACAGAGCCAAAUGAGAAGCUUGUGGAAUUUGGAAUAGGAGGAAUAUGCAACGCUUGUGCCGAGCCAAACAAUGUUGCUACCAUUGUACAAGCUGAUGGAACUCCUCUUAUAAUCAAAUGUUUAUCAAGUCCUGUACGAAACACUGUGAAUUACGCGCUUGGGGCUUUGUACUACAUGUGUGACUAUAACAGAGCAACAAGAGAACAGAUUUUGAAAGAAGAAGUGGUGGAUCUCAUCGAGAGGUACGGAGCUGCUGAAUCAGUCAGUGUAAGCUUUAGUAACUUGGCUAAGGCGUUUCUUGACAAGCAUGUUCAUGCAAAUUAAACAGAUGAGACCUUUUGAAAAUUUAUAGUGUCUAUUCUUGGUUCCUAUCAACUAGUUUGGAUUCAGCUUGAAACAUACCAAAGAUUGUGGAUGAUAACAUAUUGUUAGCAAAAUAUGAUUGAAAAAUUUAACAUUAUGAAUUUGCAUGUAAAUAUGUCUCAAAUUUAUAUA